AGAAGCCAACCGCCCCACAAGCAGACCCCUGUGGGACAUCAGGGAGAGGGAAGGUGCCUCCAUCUGCUCUGCUGGACUUUCUCUAACAACACUGGACAUCGCAGGGUGCAGAAGAGGGGAAGACCUGCACAUUUCUCUUCUCAGCACCACCACACUUCACUUUGCUUCAAGAAUUUAUCUGACUGCAGCAGCAUGUUUAAAAAAGUCACCCAAUCCAUUGUAAACCAGAUGGAUCCCAGUGGAGAUCUGGUCCCAGUUCAGAGCAUUUUGGACCACGAACAUUUCAGACCCCUCUGUCUGGUGAGAAGAAAAAACAAAGCCAUAUUCCAUCCAUCUCCCUGCUACAAACAGACAUGGUACAAACUUGAUGACGUCCUGCUGCAUGGAGACAACAGAAGCACAGUGUCCCUCUUUCCCAAUGAUGACGAUCAAGAUUUAAGAAAAUUUACAGUGGAAAAAAGCUGCAGUGACAGAGUCGAUGGGAGUCUAAGCCUUUGCGUUGACUCUACAAGCGCAGAGCUGACAGGAGCUGCCUCAUUUUCCAAAGCAUGGUCCAUUAAGCUGGAAAAGAACCACAUACCAGUACCAAAACUUGAGGCACUGACAACGCAAAGAAAAAUCAAUGUGAAUCACUCCUUCAUUCAACAGCUACAGAAAACAAGACAACAUUUAUACGUGGUUCAUGAAAGCAUCGAAGCCUCAGAGGAGACUCACUACCAGGAAUCCACAGAGGCAGAGGGCAGCUUCAUGGCCCAGCUUUACGCCAAGUUUUGUGCAAAGGGCACCAGACAGAACAAACAAAGCAUAACCAUUCCCAAGGGCUGCACCCUGGCCUUCCGGGCAAUCGAGCUCUCCAUUGCAGAUGGAUCAUGGGGUUUAAACUACUUCCCAAAAGAACAAGUAAACAUGUUCGCAUCCGAUGGUUCCUCCCAAGAAAAAUUAGGAGCAGUGCAGGAAGAGGUUAAAGACAAUUGUCAAAUUUUCUCCAAUUUGUCUUCCAAUCUGCUACCAGUAUUCUUAAAAGCCAUCAAAGCUGUGAUGAGAGACAGGAACCUCUUUCAAGAACUGACCGAGAAAAUGGAAGCAAUUCUUGAUGAAACCAGUAGCUGUGAGCUGAAAACAGAAAGCCCGGACUUAAAAGACCUGUUGAGCAGCUUACUGAACUCUUCACGGCAUCUCCUCCUCCAGCUGGCAGGAGCAAUUGCCUACACUCUGGAUGCUUUGGACGAACUGAGAGAGGAUCAGCUGCUGCUGCUGCUGGAGUCCGUGGAAGAGGGGAUCGUGUCCCAACAGCUGAAGCUGGUUGAGAGCAUCCUGGAGCAGGACAUCAAGCAUAACAAGAAGCCUUUCUGUGUGGAUGCCAGCCUGCUCUCCUUCGCACAAGAGAAGGAACAAAAAUUAACCAUGACCAUGGUGGCGAUGAGCGGAGUGAAGCUGCAGAAAGAUGGAUCCGCUGUCUGUGCGGGAGAAGCCUUCUCAUCCAUGGCAGCUCUGUAUGCAUCCCUGUACGUCCUCAAUGCUCUCAGUAAUUCGGAUUAAGUUAUCCCUGUUCUUUCAUCCAGGAUGAUGGAAAGGGAAUUACUUAAGAAUGUAUUUGAAAGUCUCUGCAAGCCAGUUUCUUUCUCCAAAUUUCAUCUGUACUACUGCUCAGAGCUGCUUUGAAAUGAGGGGGAAAAGCAGGCUUAAGGUGAGAAAACUCCUUAGGGAAGCCAGAAUCCAGAUACUAAAAUUGAUUUAUCUUUCCCCCCGAUAUGAACGCAGAAUGGCAACGGAAAAAUCCACCAGCCCAAAUAACCACAAGCCUGUUGGCUGCCCUGUAAGUGAUCCUGGUUUUCCCAAAACAUUUGGGCACACAGCUGUUUGUGUGAUCAAUAAGAUACACGGCAAUAAAACAGCAAUAAUCCA